AUGCACACGUCCAUCCAGCCCGACAACACAAAGUUAUCAGCCGCCGCGCUGUUUCCUAGCCUUCGAUACCUCGAAGCACCGAUGGACGACUUGCUGUUAUCUGUAGAUGCCCCGCCGCCGUUGGUGGACCUCGCCGUGGCUGGACGUGUCAGUAGCUAUCAUCUCCUCAAUGCCGCGUCCAACGUACUCCCCUUACCUUUCCAUCGCUGCAUACGCCCCCUUGGAGGCGUCGAUAUUCUCUCCCGCAGUAACGUCUCUGCUAAGUGGGAAGAAUAUAUUCCUUUGAACGCACGAUCGACGCCUCCACAUCUAACCGUCCAAAACCUCUACCGAUUCUCUGCAACCAAGCUCAAAUACCUUCGCCUCCUGUAUUACCACCGAAUACGCCGAAAUCCCAUCUACGCUGCCUCGGAAUUGCUCAGCAUGAUGGAGGGUGGAUAG